CUCGGCGCCCGUGGUAUGCUGCUUCCCCUAAGGAUAUGGUUGAUGCCGGCUUCAGUGCCAAGUUGCUCCCCUCGACAUUCGUUGUUGAACGUCGUUAUACCGGGCAGUCAACUUCCCCCGAAUCUGAAGGCCUCGAACUCUCUGGAUUGGAUGAGGAAAAUCCAGAAACACAUCGAAGUCAAAAUUCGAAUGCAAGAAAUCGCAGUUUUGAUCCAGAAAUUAAAGGGGUAAAAAAGAGUCGCCGACAUGGUCGAGGCCUCUGGUCGUCCCCCUCAUUCUUCACAGGGAGGAGAAGGAAGGGGGUGGACAAAGAACAUGUGGCGCGUGGGUGGGAUAAUGCGACCAUCAUCCCCCGUUUCGACGCCAUGGAUCAAGCACACUCGGCGCAAGUGUGUGGCCUGGUAGUGCCUAGCUGGCACCUCCCCGUCGACGACAUGCAGAAUGCAAAGGAGGAGAUGCAGAUACAGCUCUGCGCAUAUCGACUCGAUUGGUGGACGAGCCACAGAAAACACAUUACGUCCGAGGACCCGGAGGUCGAAAAGAGAAAACAAGGAAACGCAACGCAAAAAGGAAAAGACAAAAACAGCCCAAAUGCAGUGUUGGUACAAGGGGCCCCUCCGCGCUCCGUCUGGAAGGCCCCCGAUGGGGUAUUGGUGCGGUGAUGAUUAACAAUGAUUAUACGAUGCUGUGACAUGGG